AGUCGGCGGAAGUCCCGCCCAGCCGUCCGCGGAAGUCCCUAGUGCCGGUCGUUUCCCUCGUGGCGGACCGCCGACAUGGCGCACUACAACUUCAAGAAAAUCACGGUGGUGCCGUCCGCCAAGGACUUCAUUGACCUAACGUUAUCGAAGACUCAACGAAAGACUCCAACAGUUAUUCAUAAACAUUACCAAAUUCAUCGUAUUAGACAUUUUUACAUGCGAAAAGUCAAAUUUACUCAACAGAACUACCAUGACAGACUCUCACAGAUUCUAACAGAUUUUCCCAAAUUGGAUGAUAUCCAUCCGUUUUAUGCUGAUUUGAUGAACAUUCUCUAUGACAAGGAUCAUUACAAGUUGGCUCUAGGACAAAUAAAUAUUGCCAAGAAUUUAGUAGACAAUGUUGCUAAAGAUUAUGUGCGGCUUAUGAAAUAUGGAGACUCUCUCUACCGCUGCAAGCAGCUGAAGCGUGCUGCCUUGGGGCGCAUGUGUACUAUCAUCAAAAGGCAGAAGCAAAGUUUGGAGUAUUUAGAACAAGUGCGUCAGCACCUGUCCCGUCUGCCAACUAUUGACCCGAACACGAGAACCUUACUUCUCUGUGGAUACCCAAAUGUUGGCAAGUCCAGCUUCAUCAAUAAGGUGACAAGAGCAGAUGUGGAUGUGCAGCCUUAUGCAUUUACCACCAAGUCUUUGUUUGUUGGGCACAUGGAUUAUAAGUAUCUGCGCUGGCAGGUUGUAGAUACCCCAGGGAUUUUGGACCACCCUUUAGAGGAUCGGAACACAAUCGAAAUGCAGGCCAUCACAGCCCUGGCCCACCUACGUGCUGCAGUGCUAUACGUGAUGGAUGUAUCUGAGCAGUGUGGGCAUGGCCUGCAGGCUCAGCUGGAGCUCUUCCGGAAUAUCAAACCUCUCUUUGUCAACAAGCCUCUUAUAGUCGUUGCAAACAAAUGCGAUGUGAAGAGAAUAGCUGAGCUUCCAGAAGAUGAUCAGAAAAUAUUUACAGAUUUGCAGGCUGAAGGAUUUCCUGUGAUAGAAACCAGCACCCUGACGGAGGAGGGGGUUAUCAAAGUGAAAACAGAGGCCUGUGACAGGCUUUUGGCUCAUCGAGUGGAAACCAAAAUGAAAGGAAAUAAAGUGAAUGAGGUGCUGAACAGAUUGCAUUUGGCUGUGCCAAACAAAAGAGAUGAUAAGGAGAGGCCCCCCUUCAUUCCAGAAGGAGUGGUGGCACGCAGGAAGAGAAUGGAGGUUGGGGAGCCUCGGAGGAAGAUGGAACGAGAUAUUGAACUGGAACUAGGGGAUGAUUAUAUUUUGGAUCUUAAAAAGUACUGGGACAUAAUGAAUUCAUCUGAAAAGUAUGAUAAGAUACCUGAGAUCUGGGAAGGCCAUAAUGUAGCUGAUUACAUCGAUCCUGACAUCAUGCAGAAAUUGGAAGAGUUAGAAAAAGAAGAAGAGCUAAGAACAGCUGCUGGAGAGUAUGACAGUGAACCAGAAAGUGAAGACGAAGAAAUGGUGGAAAUCCGACAGCUGGCAAAACAAAUCAGAGAAAAAAGGAAGUUGAAAAUUCUGCAGUCCAAAGAGAAGGACACGCAGGGACCCAGAAUGCCACGAACGGCUAAGAAGGUUCACCGGAAAGACUUGGAGAAUGAGAUGCGCAGUCUUGGUGUCAACAUGGAUGAUAAUGACAGUGCCCAUUAUGCAAUCCAGGCCAGAAGGUCUCGGAGCGUUACUAGGAAAAGAAAGCGGGAAGACUCUGUCCCCCCCACAUCUAUUGCCCGGAGUCGCAGUUGCUCUCGAAUGCCACGUGAUGUGUCUGGUCUUCGGGACACCAAGAUGGUGAAGAAAGCCAAGACCAUGAUGAAGAGUGCUCAGAAGAAGAUGAAUCGCUUGGGGAGAAAGGGGGAGGCAGACAGGCAUGUGUUUGACAUGAAGCCCAAGCACUUACUCUCUGGGAAGAGGAAGGCUGGUAAGAAGGAUAGGAGAUAGUGUCCUUCUCAGCUGAAGCAGUUUGGCUAGACUGCUGUUGUUUCUUGAUUUGAUGUGGUAUGGUUUCACAAAGUUGGAGUCAGGGAUCUAUAAACUCCAAGCAGUAGUGAAAUAACUAGAGUGCCUGUUGCUUUCCUCAAAACUGUGGUGAACCCUUAAUGCUACAGGUGUGAGAAAUUGUUAUCACUGCAUAAUUUCAUGAAUACUUUGAGCAGACUGGUUUUUGCAUUUAAUGGACUCUUGAUUGCAUCGUAUUUGCGGUACUGGAAAGAUUUAUUGGUGUGACUGUUGUCCUCUUCAGCAAGAAGGAACUUUGAUUUGGUUCCCUGCAUGCGAUGAGUCCCUUUUUUCCCUCUACUCCACUUGUGGCUGUGGGCGGAAUGCUGCCGGCCUGCUUUGCAGACACAGGUUAUGGGUAUGUCAGAUGCCAUCACUAAAUUAUUUUCUAGUCUUUUUGUACAAUGUAUCAUUGUCAUCUGUCUUCAACUAUCUUAUCCAAAGUAAACUUCUGAAAGAAA